UGCAUUUGGGAAGACUUUCAGGCAGAAAUAAAGCACCGAAUUUUCUAUGUAUUAUACGCUAAGCCUACUCGCUGUCUUGCUCUGCGCUACAGUGCAACAUGCAAAGUCACGCACAAUCACGAUCUCCAUAAACAUGUCGCUAACAAUGUACGUGGAACGACAAAGGGAGCUUUUGGAGACCUACCAGCCAAAACUGCAGCAAGAGCAGGCACGACCCGGACUCAACGCUGCUGUACUGCGUUCGUGUAUGAGAGAAACCGAACUCUCCAUAGCGGAAUUGCAUCGUUUUCGACUGAGUUUACUCACACGCGAUCCUGAACUAAGCAGCACCGAUGAUCCGAGUACGGAGUUACCGAAUUUAUAUGACAUGGAGGAGGAUGAUUUAGCCUCUGAAGAAACCAAAUUAGGUGGUAAUCUUUAUGAACCUCAACUAGGUAUAAAUGAAGCCAGUAAUAAUGCACUGGAUUACGAAGAUCCGCUGACAAUCAGAAGUGAUGGGAAAUCUGACGAAUCAUUGCAAUGCUUUGCCUACUGUCUCUACGAACAAUUAGGUUUAAUCUCGAAAGGUGUUUAUAUGGGUGAGGAGCUUUUCGCGAAGCUGUGUGCGAUUGUCGGUCGAGAACGCCAUUUGGUGAAGGAGUGCAUGAAUCUAAAUACAAAUAAUAAAUGUGAAUCUCUAUAUAAAAUGCAUUUAUGCUACGUACGUUUGAAGACACUUGAAGAGGAGGCUCGUAUACGCAAAGUGCUAGGGAGCGCAUAUCCUGGCGAAAGGGAUGAAGCGGGAGGGGAAGAUAUGCCGGAAGCAGAAACUACACAGGAAACGUACGCUGUGGAGGAAACAGAAACAACGCAGUCAACAUAUGCUGAUGCGGAAAAUGCCAAAACUGAAAAGUUUGGAGUCAAAAAGUUGAUGAAACAGCUUAGAAAGAAGUUGAAGCUGAUUGAAUCAGAUGAGCAGCUCAGAGARUUUUUGCAAGAUUGGAAUGAGGCUUAGUAGAGCAUUGCUUGGAAGCAGUAAUUUGGUAGUAAGUAAUAGUAAUAGCAAA